AUGUUUGAUCACACUCGAACGUUGAAUCACAUCUCUUCAUUCUCUCUCAAUAUUAUACCAACCCUCAUAUUCUUCUUGGUAGCUGCUUAUGUACUUCCAAUUAUCACUCGCCGUCUCCUUCGCUAUGUUGCAUCCCCAACCUCAUUCAGCGAGAAAUCCUCCGGUCAUGGCACCCCUUCCAUCUCAAACCUCCCUCAUCUAUCAGGUGUAGUUCCAUGGUUAGGUCAUCUCAUGGGCCUUACCAUCGACAGCACUCGUUACAUCAACAGCCUCAUUGCCUCUACGACUGCCCCCAUCUUCACCAUCAAUAUACCCUUUGCACGCAUCACAGUCUGUCAUCCAAGCAUGGAUCGAGUUCUCUCACGUCAUGUGAAUGACACUGGGCUUGCACAAGUACUUGUGUAUGUUGGCCCUCGUCUUUUUGGACUCAAGCAAGACACUAUAAAGGCUGUGUUUGGGUAUAACCCCCAGCCCCUGCACAAGCAAAAGUUCGGUCAUGCCGAGAACAUUGUUUCUCUGAAUCAACGUUCGAGCACCAAUAUCAGGGACCGUGUUGCGAAGAUGCCUGAGGUGAAUGAACUUCUCAUUGGUCGUUGGGUCUUUGAGUUGGCUGUCUCGGCGACAGCGAGUGCAGUAUGGGGCGUUGCAAACCCUUGGAGCAUGGAUCAGGAGUUUUCCAACGAGUUCAUGAAACUCAGCGAGACGUUUGAUACACUUGGAAGACCCUUUUCGUGGCUCACAGCAAACUCGGCCUGGAAGUCUCGCAAGUUUCUUCUUAAGAGACUUCGCGAAUUUCACCUUCAGCACCGUGAAGCCCGUGUCCAAACCACUGGCCACAGCAUCAAUGUUGUAGCUUCCAGUGACCCAGACUGGGAGAAUAACCCAGACUACUACCACAUCGAGAUGGUCUCGGCUCUGGGCCUUCUGGCGACGACCAGCACACUGGCAGUAUGGCUUACACGUCACCUCUUGACAGAUCCUGAUCUUGUCAAGUUUGUUCUCAAGGAAGUCGAACAGGUCAAAUAUGUUGAAGAGGACGAGGAUAAGCCACGAUUGGACUUUGCCAAUGUUCGUUCCGAAUGUCCCUGGCUCAUGGCUUCUUGGUAUGAGACUCUUCGUCUUCACAUGACAGGCGUUGCCAGAAUUGCUCGUCACGACUUCAUGCUCAACAUUCCUGGGUCUGAACCCAUUGCCGUUCCUCAAGGAGAAAUCUUCAUGCUUCCCAUGUGUGCAUCCAACUUGGACGUUGACGUCUGGGGCCUCGACGCUGCAGUCUUUAAAGCCUCGCGCUUCAUCGACAAGGAAGGUCAAGUUUCUGGUAGUGCCGUCCGUAAGGUCAGAGCCUUUGGAGUCGCGGGCAACAUGUGCCCCGGCCGUGUUUUUGGAACGGAUAUUGUCUUUUCUGUAAUUGGGACAAUGCUUCGGACUUUUGACAUUGAGGCUGCACCUGGUGAGGAGUUUAGGGUUCCUACUCUACGAGGAGGGUUCAAUGUUGGUUUUGAGAGAUAUGGAGAUGAUGUGAAAGUCUUGCUUAAGAGGAAGCAUACUGCUUAGCUUACAGGAUCCAGAAAUAUUGGGCGAGAAGAGAUGGGGAUGUAUGUACUAUCGGAGGCGGAUGAUUUUGUGGAAAUAAAUGAAAUCUGUCAAAGCAAAUCAAUUGA